UGACAUUCAGAGAGCAAAAAAUUCUUAAUUUAACCGUGGUAUUGUGAAUCUGGCAACACUUUCAUUAAAGUGCAGAACGUAUUGGCUCUUUCUAUAACUUAACAAGAAUAAGGGCAGUCACAAAUUUAAAAAGUGAAUACGCGCUUUGAAUUUUUAAGUUAAAAAAAAACGUUACUGAAGUCCUAAACAAAACUAAGCUUCUUUGUGAUUCACUUCUAAAUCCAAAAACUUGUGAAAACGAAAGAGACAUCUAAUAAGUUUUAAUUUCAUGAUACAGGAAAUUAAGGAAAGACGGUUGUGUCACUUUGUAUGAAUUUAGAACUUUGAUAGAGAUAGAGAAAUGGCGAAGAAAGAAUAUUUUCCUUUUGAUUUAAAGGAAUUUAUGAAAGAACUUAAAUAUAUCAAAACUUUAGAUGAUUUGGCUUUACCGCCUCGCCAAAAAGUUAAUUCAAAGGGGAAUUCAAGUGAUAAGGUACGCAGCAAUCGUGGUUUAAAGGUGAAAAAUUCUAAGAAAUCAGGAAGAUUAUCGAUGUCUGAACUAAAUAGGAAACUGCGAUUAGAUUUCAAUCUUACAAAUGAUGAAAUUCAAUCAAACCAAUGCACAACAAAUUCUGCUGAAAGUUGUAAUCAAAAAUCCUUAAAAAAUCCCGUAAAUUGUUUAAGUACUCUGGAAUGUCAUUCAAAUAACGAUUAUUCUAAGUCUUUAGGCAUUCCACCAAAUGAUGAUUUCUGUUGGACAACUGACCCUUCAGGCCCUUUCAAUAAGCCAUUGUUAGGAGAAGGUCAAUUGGACGACACUCAGUUAUGGCAUUUUCCAUCUCUAUCAAAUUCAAAUUCGAAUUUAUUACAAAGUAUCAACUUAGAUAUUCACCCAACCGAAAAUCCAGAAAAGGGUAGUCAAAUAUUAAAACAAUUCAAUCAAGAGAGCUUUUGUUCAAACGUUGCAUGUCUUCAAAAAAGUAAGCGUUCCUCUUUGUCGAAAGAUAUGUCAUCAGAAAUGUUGCAAAAAAAUACUACUGAAGGUUUUAAAAAAUCAUGUCACUGCAUGCAGUGCGGUACGCAAUACGAUACGCCUACCGUAUCUACGCAUUUGCAAUUACGUAUAAACGCAGACCAGCCAACUUCAAGUUUUAAGUGUAAUACUUGUGGAUAUGUCAUUAUGGAAAAGGAGAGGCUAGGACACCAAGUAAGACAUGAAUUAUAUGGUUCCGCAUACAGACCAAAACCUCAACAACGCAAGAGAUAUUUCUGAAGAUAUUUCAAAACGAUGUCUAAGUUGAAUACGGUAAAUUUGAGAAAAAUACAUUUAGGGCUUAAAAAAGGUGGCAUAUGGGGCAUGUAGUGCAAAUGAAAAAAUGAAACGGAUACAAUUUAUACGAAAAUAUCUAUGCAACCCUUAUCUAUUCUUCUUAG